GCUCCGCCUGCAAGUUCCGCUGGCGCCGCUCCGGGUCAGGCGCGCGAUUUCUUGCUUCGCAAAGGGCGCCGCGUUUUGCGCCGCUUCCUCCUCCACGGAUGGCUCCGCUCAGGCUGCUCGGGCCAGCCCUGGGCUGGAGGCUCGCUGCUGCGGCAAGGCCCGUUUAUCUCAGCAGGCCACCCCAGCGAGGCCACCGCCUGACACCUUCAGAUGAUGAGCUCUACCAGAAGACCACGAUCCAGCACCUGGAGAAGGAAUCCCAAGACAUCAUGUACAUAGAAGGCUACAGUGAACGAGGCUUCAACAUCAGCGGGAACAAGGUGGUGGGGCCUUGCGCAGUCUUGCCACGAGCCAUCCUGCAGUGGAACGUCGGCACACAUAAGGACAUCACUGCUGAGAGCCUCGUCCUGUUCCGCCUGCUGGAGCCUCGAAUAGAAAUCCUGGUCCUGGGGACGGGAAGCAAGGUGGAGCGGCUGGAUCCCACUGUCCUGAAGUUAAUGCGUCAGUGUGGGAUUGCUGUGGAGGUACAAGAUACGCCCAAUGCCUGUGCAACGUUCAACUUCUUGACAAGUGAGCGGCGUAUGACUGCUGCCGGCCUUAUCCCACCACCCGGUGUAACACGUGCCUGAAUCUCUGAGGUUGUAUGGGAUUGAUGGCAGGACAACAAAAAUUGAUUUCACAAGCCUUUAGAGUGUCACCGAGUGAUUUAUACUUCAAGCCUGGAAGGGUAAAUAUUCACCACCUAUUACAGAGUUGUCUAAAGACCUUAAAUCCCUUGCUGCAUCUGAACGUACUUUCUAGAAACAUCAGUUUCAUUUGAUAUAUCCUACCCAGCCAUCCAAGUGGAUAUCUAAUCUCUCUAUAUAAAUCACAGCAGAUGUAAUUGAUGCAAGCUGACAGGUGUUCCUCCUCCUUUUUGUCUCUCCCCCCCCCCUUAAUAAUCUUGCAAUAAAAAUCAAUUAA